UCUCUUGGCGGAGGGGGCGGUAGCUUUGGCGAUGAAGGUGAGGGUAGGGCGCGCCUGUUCUUCGUGGCGGCGCUGAUGACGUCGUUCGGGGGUCUAACCUCUGCAAUCGUAAGCCGAACGUCUAUAUGCGAAUGCGUUUUAUUCUAUUGGCAAUAG